UCCGUUAAGUGUGUUAGAGGCCAGGCUGCUGCUGCCGGACCUGGAAGACGUGUUUACACCCGCACAAGUGGAUGGCAAGAGCUAAUGCAAUGGAGAAAAAACUGUGGUGCAGCGAUUGAUACUUUAUAAAUUAAAGAAGCAGGAAAAAACAUGUUUGAGGGAGACAAAGGGAAUGAAGGAUAGGACAGACCGUUUUGAUGAAGAAUCGCGCUCGUUUCUCCGAAAAUGUCAUGGAUUACUGCUCUCUCGCAAAUGCCCGUUUUGCACAGAUGACACAACACUUGACAACAUGGGAUUCCUCGAAGAGCUGAACUCACUCACGACUUGAAUGAAACGAAAUAAGGGAUUCUGUUCAAAUCGGAAUUUAGUUUGUCUUUUUUUUUACCUUGACAAAUCUCAUAUGUGAGUAAAAACGCAGAGAGAGAGAGAAAAAAAACAUGAAUUUGGGUAAGGCACUUCUGUUUUUCCUCCUCUCAAACUGUGUGACCAUGACUCUGUCACUGUCCACUUGCACCACCGUGGACAUUGAUCACAUCAAGAAAAAGAGAGUAGAGGCGAUCCGAGGGCAGAUUCUCAGCAAACUCCGGCUGACCAGUCCGCCACAGACAAUCGGUCCAAAUCAAGUCCCGUUUCAGGUGUUGGCGCUUUACAAUAGCACGAAGGAGCUCAUUGAGGAGUUGGGAAGAGACAGGCAGCAAAGUUGUGGUCAGGAUAACACGGAGACUGAAUAUUACGCCAAGGAGAUUUACAAAUUCAACAUGAUCAAUGGUCCGCCGGAAAACAAUGACCUCCCCUACUGCCCCAAGGGGAUCACCUCCAAGGUGUUCCGCUUCAAUGUUUCCACUAUGGAGAAGAACGCCACCAACCUGUUUCGGGCCGAGUUCAGAGCCCUGCGGAUCCCCAACUCCAGUGCCAAGAGGAAUGAGCAGAGGAUUGAGCUCUACCAGACCCUCCAGAAAGAUGACCACAUAGCCAAACAGCGCUACAUCGGGGGCAAGAAUGUCUUGACCAAGGGCACGCCUGAGUGGGUAUCCUUUGAUGUCACGGAGACGGUUCGAGAGUGGCUUAUGUACCGACAGACCAACCUGGGCCUGGAGGUCAGUGUACAUUGUCCCUGCCACACCUUCGGUCCCAACGGUGACAUUCUUAAUGUCAAUGAGGUGCUCGAGGUCAAGUUCAAAGGUAUGGAGGGGGACUAUGAGGAGCAGAGUAGAUUGGACAUGAGUCGCCUCAAGAAACAGAAGGAGCAACUCUACCCCCACCUCAUCCUCAUGAUGCUUCCUCCCCAUAGGCUAGAUGCUCAGUCCUCCUCCCGCAGGCGCAAGCGAGCACUCGACACCAACUAUUGUUUCUCUAACUAUGAGGAGAACUGCUGUGUGCGGCCGCUAUAUAUCGACUUCCGCCAGCACUUGGGCUGGCGGUGGAUCCAUGAGCCUAAAGGGUACUAUGCCAACUUCUGCUCUGGCCCCUGUCCUUACCUACGCAGUGCUGACACCACCCACAGCUCGCUGCUAAGCCUCUACAACACCUUGAACCCCGAGGCAUCGGCCUCGCCCUGCUGUGUUCCACAGGACCUGGAGCCCCUAACUAUCCUGUACUAUGUGGGUCGCACCCCAAAGGUAGAGCAGCUCUCCAACAUGAUUGUCAAGUCCUGCAAAUGCAGUUAAAUGUCUUGAGGGCCCAGUGAGAGACCUGCAAGCUGACAGAGCCCAGCACUACUCAGGAGGGGGAACGGUGUGGAAAGGGUGGUGUGCUGCCCCCUUUACGAGUACCUCUGUCCACCUUCACACCCUUCCCCCCGCCUCAGCCAUAACCGAGCCCUCUCGCAUACACAGAGACCCUGCAGACAAGACGCAGCCUAUCAAUCUACAAACAACAACUUUGUGGCAGCAUGCACCCAGAGUAUCUCAAUCACUACUUCGUUAUCGACACUCAAAAAUCAUCUGAACUCCUUUUUUUUUCUUAAACCUAUGGCAGUGGACUUUUUGCUUCAUUGUUUUUCCGUUUUUUUUUCCUCGAUGAUCCAGCAUUCUGAACUGCCUGUGCCUUUGUGCCAGUUGACAUGGGUAUUCAAGGACAGUUUUAAAUGAAAAGAGGACCAGAACUAUGACAUGUUCUUGCUUUGACCACUGCAUACUCGAGGACAUGAAAGUAACAGCAGUCAAAAUGGAAAAAAUAAAAAAAGGAAAAAAACUGAGAAUGCAGACUGAACUCGGUGAUAUGAAUUGGGGGUAAAGCCAACACAAUUGUUUGCUAACAGCAAACACAUCCCUCAGCCAACAAUGCAUGGCCUUGAUGCACAGGACAGGAUUGUCCACGCUGGAAACUAGUGCUGUGCAUGCCACAGCUCCCUACACUGUUAAUCUAGGAUGAAAUGCUGAUGGAUAAAAUUUAUCUUAGGAAAAAAAAGAUUCGACAUGCUGGAAAACAACCUUUAAUCAAAAAUAGUAUUUUCAUUGUAAUGUUUACCUCUGUAUUGCAACAGGAAUGCAUUUCCUGGGAGGGCUUUCUUCUGAAAAGAAGCCUCUCUGUUGUACGAGACCAUAUGCGUCACUAAGUGAACACUUCUCUUGACCACAAACUGUAAAUGUUUGUCUUAUUACUCUUGGAAACACUUUUUUUUAUUAAAAUAUGGACAGUCUUGGA